AUGAGUCUGACUUCUGUGGUUUCCUGGAGUCUCAUUUCAGGCUAUAAAACCUUACUGGGAGUGGGAAGAGACCCCAGAUGCAGCCUCACCUCCAAGGGACCCACAGAAGCCGAGAAGGCAAUGAAGAAGCCCCUGCUGAAGCCCCUGCUCACCCUCCUGCUGGUGACAUGUCCCUCAGCUAAAGCCAAUGAUUCCUGGAAACGGAUGCAGGGAGGAGCUGGAGCCAGGGUGUCCCCAACACCCUACCUGGCCUAUUUGCAAGGAGUGAACAACCAGUUCUGUGGAGGCUUCCUGGUGGCUCCCAGAUGGGUGAUGACAGCAGCUCAGUGUUCUGAACACCAACCUCUGACUGUCAUCCUUGGAGCCCACACCAUCCAGAGGAGAGAGGAGAGAUGGCAGACAUUUGAAGUCCAAGAAUAUCAUUGCCACCCAGAUUUCACCAUUCCUAGAAAGGGAAAUGACAUCCUCUUGCUGAAGCUGAAAGGCAAUGCCACCAGCAACAGAUACGUUAAGACCAUUUCCCUUGUAAACUCAAAAGUGCCCGAGGGGACUGUGUGCAGCACAGCUGGCUGGGGCUCCAGAACAUCCAACACCAGAUUACACACAGACAAUGUCACCAUCAUCAAACGAAGGGAUUGCCUCAGCCGAUACCCUGGACUUGCCAACAACUUGAUUUGUGGUGACAGCAAAUUUGCUGGGGAACCUGAAAAGGGUGAUACUGGGGAUCCACUCGUCUGUGACAACACAGCCUACGGCAUCUUCUCCUACAAGCAGAAGCAUUUGCCUGGUUUCUACACAAACAUUGUUCCUUACCUUCCCUGGGUCAACAGUGUGAUGAAGUCAGGAUGA